UUCAAACCCUAACACCAAAAACCCCUUCAAACAAAAUCACUCACAGCGCAGUCCCCUUCUUUUCCAUUCAUCACACAAAUAUGCACCGUCUUUCACGGCGUUCUGUCACCUCUCUCCUUCGCUACGGCGGUCAUCACCACCGUCAUGCCGCCGCCGCCGCCGCUAGCUCCAUUGGUUCUCCCACUUUCAACCAAUUGGGUGGAGAGAAGGAUGUCGGUGGUAGAUGGUAUUCAGUUUUGACAAAUGCAACAUGUAGUGGGCCUGCCUCAACAAAGCCUUUGAAAUUGGGGAACAUGUUUCCUUUGGGGGUGCGGUAUGAGUCUACGGCUUCUGACUUUGAGACACCUGAUGUACCUGUGGAGAAGUACGAGUAUCAAGCAGAGGUAAGUCGGCUUAUGGACCUCAUCGUUAACAGUCUAUAUAGCAACAAAGAGGUUUUUCUUCGUGAACUUAUCAGUAAUGCAAGUGAUGCGUUGGACAAGCUUCGAUUCCUUAGCGUCACUCAGCCUGAGCUUAUGGAAGGUUCUCCUGAUCUCGACAUACGUAUUCAAACUGAUCAAGAGAAUGGAAUAAUUACACUCACGGACUCUGGUAUCGGUAUGACCCAUCAAGAACUUGUUGAUUCCUUAGGAACAAUUGCUCAUAGUGGAACUGCUAAGUUUCUUAAAGCUUUAAAGGAUAGCAAAGAUGCUGGUACAGACAGCAACUUGAUCGGUCAGUUUGGCGUGGGAUUUUAUUCAGCUUUCCUUGUUGCUGAUAAGGUGGUGGUCUCGACAAAGAGUCCCAAGUCUGAUAAGCAAUAUGUUUGGGAAGGAGAGGCCAACUCCAGCUCUUAUAUUGUACGAGAGGAGACUGAUCCCGAGAAGCUACUUCCUAGAGGAACUUCUAUCAAGUUGCAUCUCAAGCGUGAUGAUAAAGGUUUUACUCAUCCAGAGAGAAUCGAGAGACUAGUGAAAAAUUAUUCACAGUUUGUAUCGUUCCCAAUUUACACAUGGCAAGAAAAGGGCUACACAAAAGAGGUUGAGGUUGACGAGGAUCCAUCUGAGGCCAAGACAGAUGGGGCUGAUGCCAAUGUUGAGAAAAAGAAGAAAACAAAAAAAAUUGUUGAGAAGUACUGGGACUGGGAGCUCACUAAUGAGACACAGCCUAUAUGGCUUCGCAACCCUAAGGAAGUUACAACGGAAGAUUAUAAUGAAUUUUACAAGAAGGCAUUCAAUGAGUAUCUGGAACCGUUGGCAUCUUCACACUUUACGACGGAGGGUGAGGUUGAGUUUAGAUCUAUUCUUUAUGUUCCCGCAGUUACUCCCAUGGGAAAGGAAGACAUUGUCAAUCCAAAAACCAAAAAUAUUAGGCUUUAUGUCAAACGUGUCUUCAUUUCAGAUGACUUUGAUGGGGAACUGUUCCCACGAUACCUAAGCUUUGUGAAAGGUGUUGUUGACUCGAACGACCUUCCUUUGAAUGUAUCACGUGAGAUUUUACAAGAAAGCCGCAUUGUACGGAUAAUGAGGAAAAGAUUGGUGCGGAAGGCAUUUGACAUGAUUCAGGGUAUAUCCUUGAGUGAGAACCGAGAGGACUAUGAAAAGUUCUGGGAGAACUUUGGGAAGCAUUUGAAGUUGGGAUGUAUUGAAGACCGUGAGAAUCACAAGCGUCUUGCUCCUCUGUUACGGUUCUUUUCUUCACAGAGUGAACAAGAGAUGAUCAGCUUGGAUGAAUAUGUUGAAAACAUGAAAGCUGACCAGAAAGAUAUAUAUUACAUUGCUGCAGAUAGUGUGACAAGUGCAAAGAACACACCCUUCCUGGAGAGACUAUAUGAGAAGGAGCUUGAGGUACUUUUCCUAGUUGAUCCCAUUGAUGAAGUUGCUGUGACAAAUCUUAAAUCAUACAAGGACAAAAACUUUGUUGACAUCAGCAAAGAAGACUUGGACAUCGGUGAUAAGAACGAGGAGAAAGAAAAAGAGAUGAAGCAGGAAUUUGGACAUAUAUGUGACUGGAUGAAGAAACGGUUGGGCGACAAGGUUGCCAGUGUCCAAAUUUCAAAUCGUCUGAAAACAUCUCCUUGUGUUCUUGUAUCAGGAAAGUUUGGUUGGUCUGCUAACAUGGAGAGGCUGAUGAAGGCACAGAGUGUUGGCGACUCUUCUAGCCUGGACUUCAUGAGAAGCAGAAGAGUGUUUGAAAUCAAUCCGGAACAUCCAAUUAUUCAGACAUUGAGUGCUGCUUGCAAUAGCAACGGUGACGAUGAAGAAGCCCUGAGAGCUAUAGAUCUUCUGUAUGAUACUGCAUUGAUUUCUAGUGGUUUCACUCCUGAGAGUCCAUCACAGCUUGGGGGGAAGAUCUAUGAGAUGAUGAGCCUGGCUUUGGCAAACAAAUGGACGCCUCAACCAGCGUUCAACAUGCACAACACACAGACACAUGAGGCUGAGGUAGUAGGGGAGCCCCAACCAACUAUCGAGGCAGAGGUAGUUGAGCCUACCAGCUCUCAAAAAUGAUUCCUUGUAGAAUGCAAGGCUGUCGAGCCGGCUGGAACCAGUUAUGAGAAAUAAUUCCAGCAGAGUAUUUUGAAGUUUAGUAUCAUUGAUGCUUCUAGCAAGUAUGCACAGGGAAAUUUUUUAAUGUGUGGACACUACUCUAUACUGGAAGAGAGUUCCUAAUCUUAAUUAGUGUUUAGUAAUCUACGGAAUUUUUGAUGGUCUUAA